UGCAUUUCAAGCUUGAGCGGAGGGAGGAGGUCCUGCAAGGAGAGCUCGCUGUCGUCUUUAGUUGUCGGAGAAGUGAAAUCUUUAUCUUACUUGAGCAUGAAAUAAACUAAGUGCCCACGGCUAGAGUUGUUUACAGUCAAACGAGUUUACCCUCCGUACCAAGUUCUUUGGCUCCAUCUCCUUAUUUCUCCGUCCAUUUGUCAGAAGAGUCGUCAUCAUCGUCAUCGGCAAGAUGACUUCCUGUGGUCGAAGCUUCACCAAUGGCCUCCAAUCCGUCAGUGAUUGCAUUUCCAGGGGAUUAGAAAACUACUUUUACAGGCAUGGAAAAUGGGUGGCCACACAUCCAAAAAAGACAAUUUUGGGAGCCCUUCUGUGGGUGGGCAUUUGUAGCAUUGGGAUCAUGAAGUUCUACCAAGAAAAUAACAUGGUCAAAUUGUGGAUCCCGCCCAAUUCUGAUUUCGCACAUAACAAUGGAUGGCUGUGGGAAAACUUCCCACCUGAUCUCAGGUUCAAUUCGAUCAUAUUUGAGCACGAGGACAACAUUCUCGUCCCGGAGGUGAUACAACAGCUCUAUCAGACCCACCAGAACGUACUCAAUAUUGAAACCACCAAUGGGAAACACUGGCCUGAUCUGUGCAUCCAACUCCCCGUUGUUGAUCUGGAUUCCGAUCAAAUGCCUGCCGAGCCCAAAGAUCGCCGAAAAAGGGCAGUGGCCGAUACUCCUGCUUCUAUGGACGAGGAUGAUUUUUUCGCAGACUUUGGCGGAGAUACGUUCAGCUCCAUGGAAGAGUCUGUUGCCGAUGACUUUGCCGCUAUCAAAUCAGGGGCGGGGGUGGGGCGGGCAUUUGACCCGUCGGUUAUCUUCUAUCCGGAUGAGUACUGCCCCAUUGUGGAGCAGAUGCCCAUGGCUUGUUUCGAAACGAGCCUUCUGGAAAUGUUCGCCAUUGGAGGGAAAUUCACGGAAGAAUCGGAAGCGGCGAUCCAGAACCUGACUCAGGAUGAACUCAUUUACAAACUCAAUACGAUUGAUAAGAGUGGGGUGUUCUUACACCACAGAGAUUAUUCCAAGUACUUGGGGCAAGUUGAACGCAAUUCAACAGGUCACAUUGUCAAAGCCAAGGCUACUUUUAUUCGAUGGUUUGGAAAGGCCAAUGUAACCGAGAUCAGACAAAUCCAAGGACGUAAUGGAAUGGAUCAGCAACCGGUUGAUACGACCACGUUGGAAUUCGAAGAGCUCCUUCAGGCCUCUUUGGAAGAUAGAUACGAUUAUCCGAAGGGUUUAAGCAGCAGAGCCAAUGUCCAAAGAAGCUAUGGAGAUAUUUCAACUGGAGCUAUCUGGGACGAUGUGGUGUUCUUGACUAUUGGUUACCUCAUGAUCUACGCUUAUGUCCAGAGCAUGUUGGGAAAAUUUAACCGAAUUGAACAAAGGUCCUUCUUGGGUGCAUUGGGUAUUGCUAGUUGCGCCAUCUCCAUCUUAGUUGCAAUGGGCAUUUGUUCGUUGUUUGGCCUAGGAUAUGGACCCAUGCAUUCCAUCAUCCCUUGUCUUUUGGUCGGAUUAGGGGUGGAUGAUAUGUUCGUUAUUGUACAAUCUUUCAACAAUGCUGAGCAAAGUGAUAAAGAAAAAGGCAUCGUCAGGGAUCUUCCAGAACGCAUUGGGCGAGCUCUAAAACAUGCUGGAGUCGGCAUUACCAUCACAUCUAUCACGGACAUUGUUGUUUUUGGCGUGGGGGGAACCACUGUUCUUCCUUCGCUGAAAUCGUACUCAUUGUACACUGCUACUGGAAUUGCAGCUGUUUACAUUCUUCAAAGCACGUUUUUCGUGGCUUGCUUGACGCUUGACCAAAAGCGAAUCGAUAAUAAACGUGAUGGCACAUGUUGUUGGAAGGUUUACGGGGAUUCCUGGAAGCCAAAUCGAUUGAGUCAAAGAUCGCUUAUGGAGGAGGCUUUUGAUAUGAUUGGUACAUUCCUGACCUAUCCCAUUGUUAAGAUUGGGGUUGUGGCAAUAGCGAUCGGGCUUUGCAUCUUGGGUUGCUAUGGAACCACGCUGUUGGAGGUGGAGUUUCGGUAUGUCGAGUUCUUGCCACAAGACACCAAUCUUUACAAGUGGUUCCAUCUGCACAAUACCUACUUUCCUGGCGAUGGAGAGAUGGGCACGGUGUAUUUCUCAGAAAUGGAGUUGUACAACGAGUUUCCUAAAAUCAAAUCCCUAGUUGAGAAAUUUCAAAAUCGAACGGAUAUCAUCUUUUCCGUCGACUCGUGGUAUCACGAUUUCGAGGACUAUCUCAACUUCAACUUCCUUGACCCCGAGCAUCCCCUUCCCAACCAUCCCAUUUCCGAAGAGCUAUUCCAUGACAAACUGACCCAGUUCCUUUUCAGUCCAUCAGGAGCAAAACAUAUGAACAAAUUUAACUUUGAAAGCCCCUUGAAAUGUGGCACUCCCUCGUCCCGAGUGAUGCUGUCAACCAUGGAGUUUGUCCACAAGAAAUUCAGCAGCUCCAAGGAGCAUAUCCCUGCCAUGAACUGGGUUAAAGACACCAUCAAGGAGAGCCAAUUCCCUGGAAUCACUUUCGCCAUGGCCCAGAGCUAUUCCCGGUGGGAAAUCGACGAGGUCAUUUCUGACGAGCUGUUCCGUAAUCUAUUUUUGGCGAUCAUCUGCGUCUCCAUAACUACCCUGGUUCUGUUGGCCAAUGUCGGUUCUUGUCUGAUUGUAAUUCUAUGCGUUGUUUUAAGUUUGGUUGAUGUGGGUGGCGCCAUGUACUUGUGGGGCCUCACCAUUGAUAUUGUGGCCAGUACGAACAUAAUCAUCUCAGUGGGGCUAUGCGUGGACUUUUCAGCCCAUGUAGCCCACUUUUUCAUGAUCCAAAGUGGAACGAGGAAUGAACGGAUGCGCUCCACUCUAAAAAAAAUUGGUCCAGCUGUGUUCAAUGGUGGAUUCUCGACCUUGAUUGCUGUGUUGAUGCUCGCGAACUCAAAGUCUCACGUGUUUGUCUCUUACUUCAAGGUAUUUUUCUUGAUGAUUGUGUUCGGGCUCUUUCAUGGCCUGAUCUUUUUGCCAGUGAUCCUCAGCUGGAUAGGUUCCAAACCAUACAAAACUGCCGAGUCUCGAGACAAUGAUGACGAGGGUCUUGAAAGCAAUCAAAAGUUCCCGGUCAAGAUGGAGAUCAAUCAUAACCUUGAAAGAGUUCCCGACACAAAGCAGAAGCUUUUAGAAAGCUGCUACAACUACAAAGAGGUCCUACCCGAGGCCAAAGAAUCCAAAGUCUAAUUCGGGUCUACGUUGUCAAACAAAAAAAAAAUUCUGUACUCUAUGUGCCACUGCCAAAAUGUUAGGUUCGCAAUCCCAAUACACGUACUUAGCAUAGUUCUCUCAAUAAAUGAUUGCAAAAAUCGUAUCCAUUCCGAGAAAUUUCGAAUUCUGUCGUCAUUUGCAAAACGUCCCA